AUGGCCACCGCCCCGGAUUAUAAGAACAUCCCACAUUCGCAUCGGCUGCCCGUGAACCACCGCGAAGUUCAGCGUACCUUCACCAAGCUCUCCCGCCAAUCCCUCGUAUCGCUCGCGCUACAAUGGCUCAGCAAAAAGAACCGCGACUUUUGCAGGCCGUAUCUCCUGAAUGACCGCACAGAGGAGGAUGAUGAAGAGAUCUACGAGCCUGCACAAAGCUACGAGGUACUCCAGGAAAUAUACAAGCAGUUGGCUGCUCGCAAAGGGGGCAGGAGAGAGGUGCUAGAUCGCAUCCUUGAGGGAGAUUGGAGACACGGCAUAUCCAUGUAUCAGCUAGCCACAGCAGAGAUACAGUAUCUGCUCGACCACCCAAAUGCCCUCCGUUGGACAGCGAAGCGUCUCACCAAAAUCCCAAAUGCUCGAUCAGCAGCGACCGACAUGGAGGUUACGAACGACUCCGACCAUCUCCCACGAUUCCAAGCACAAACCUUCAUGUCCAACCUUGCGCGAGAGCUUACUCCCCUCAUGAAGGCACAUUACCUUAUAAUACGGAUAAAGACAUCGCCAAUGACAAUACUACGGGUCUACAUACACGAUUCGCCGUACAGUAACGAGGCAUCGCUAGCGAUCGAGACGAAUAGCACAGAUAGCGCGAAAGCGGUGUUCUUUAUAUGGCCCAACGGUUCGCCAUUUGUAUACUCGUCCCUGGCAACUCUGACAGGACAGGUUGUAGGAGACGACGGGAGACACCUGCGAGACAUUGUACAACAGGCGAUACCAAAGGCCUUCUCCAGACCGUCUGCUCGGUAUCAAUUGACCAAUACAAACUUCACUACCAAGUCAUUGGACGCCCUUCUGACAUAUCGCGGCCCCGGCAAGAGCAAUGCUGCAGCAGGAGGCUGGAGCAUCUUCCAGGACCAUAGCUUUAGCCAAAAUGCGCUGGACUUCAUCACAACACAAAAAGGGGAUGGGCAGGAAAAGGCUGCCGGGGAUAAGAGCAAUGUCAAUGGUGCAACAAAGGCUGGACCAGGGAGGCCCAAACGACCACUAGACGGAAAGGAGACUUCAGAGGCCAAACGACGGAAAGAGAUUGCCGCUGGUCGCUUCGGUACAUCAGCACAACCAGAAGAUGGCCAGGGACUUGAACGGUUUGAAGUUCGCAUUGAUGACUCGUUUCCAAUGACAUCAGAUGGCAACAGUAUUACGCAAGUAGAAGGCGAAACAUCCAACCUCGAUGCUCAAGCGACGAGCCGAACACGGAGAGGACGCCCAUCGCUGCUUGAUAGAACAGUAGAGGAUCUUGAAGAGGUUGAGAACGAAGAGGGCUGGGCACCAAACGUGCGCAUCACGUUCCAGGGAACACAUGUGUUUGCCGGCGUCAGGCAAUUGGUUGAAGAGGGCAUCAUAGACGGUGAGAAGAUGCCGGGUUGGCUGACUGGCGAAGCAGGUGUCACGAUAGGUUCUGUCAAGAACGGACGGAUACGGAGCAAAGAAGGUGUCCCAGGUGUUUGA